GUGGCUAUUAGAAACAUGAGACAAAGUUUUUUAUCUGCCGCUUUAUUAGCGGCCGUUGCCGUUAACUCGACAGCUACCCCUGAUCAGCAUGCCCUUAACAACACCCCGCUGCCAGACCGUGAAACCCAACGCCCAAAUGUGGUUUUUAUCUUAACGGAUGAUCAAGAUGUGCAUCUUGAUUCACUGGAAUACAUGCCACUCCUUCGCAAGCAUCUGAUUGAAAAGGGCACACAAUUCACCAAGCAUUAUUGCACCACGGCUGUGUGCUGCCCAUCGAGGGUCACGCUCUGGACUGGAAAGGCUGCACAUAACACAAAUGUCACAGAUGUGUCUCCUCCAUAUGGCGGCUACCCAAAAUUUGUUUCUCAGGGGCUGAAUAAGAAUUAUCUCCCGGUGUGGUUGCAGCAAGCCGGCUACAACACAUACUACACUGGCAAGCUCUUCAAUGCGCACACGAUAUUAAACUAUUUCGCUCCAUUUCCUGGUGGAUUUACAGGAACGGAAUUUUUACUUGACCCGCAUACAUAUGAUUAUAUGAACAGCGUGUUCCAGCGCAAUAAAUUACCACCUGUGAGCCACAAAGGAGAGUAUUCUACCGAUGUCCUCACCAAAAAGGCGUAUGGGCUUUUGGCCGAGGCUGUCAAGGCUGACAAGCCUUUCUUCCUCACUCUCGCGCCAAUCGGACCCCAUUCCAAUAUCAACGUGAAAGACCUCUUGACUCCUCCCUUCGGCGGUAUCGUUUUUGACGCGCCAAUCCCAGCUAAGAGACACGAGAACUUAUUCCCAGAUGUUAAAGUGCCUCGCACAGCAAACUUCAAUCCCGAUUCGCCAUCGGGGGCCAAUUGGGUCCGCGAGUUAAAGCAGCUAAAUGAGACGAACAUCGAGUACAUCGACCACUUUUAUCGAUCGCGCCUCCGAGCACUUCAGGCGGUGGACGAAUUGGUGGAGGGAGUCAUUGCUAAAUUGGAAGAUUAUGGCAUACUGGAUAACACUUAUAUCGUGUACAGCAGCGACAACGGGUUUCAUAUUGGACAGCAUCGCCUGCAGCCUGGCAAGUCCUGUGGUUAUGAAGAGGAUAUCAACGUUCCCCUGAUUAUUCGCGGACCUGGAAUAUCUGCCAAUUUGACGACGGACGUAGUAUCCACUCACACAGACCUUGCACCGACAUUCUUCGAGCUCUUGGGAAUACCUCUCAGGGACGAUUUUGACGGGACACCAAUCCCACUUACGAAAGAAGCCAUUGCCCAGGCAAAGAACUCGGGCACAAGACGAGAGCAUGUUGGCGUUGAGUACUGGGGUAUUGCGGGGGGUGAAGGUAUCUAUGACAGCGGCCUGGUUGGUCCGCGGAACAACACCUAUAAAUCUAUUCGGCUUUAUGGGGAAGGCUAUAACCUCUACUAUUCUACCUGGUGCAGCAAUGAGCAUGAGCUCUACAAUUUAGAUGAUGACCCUGGACAACUCAAUAACCUACUUUUUGAGGAAGAUGGACCCAAGCCAUCCACAAAGCCUCUUACACUGCUAGGCUACCCAGUCUCCAAAAUUGUUGCCAGACUUGACACGCUGUUGUUCUUGCUGAAGUCAUGCAAGGGCCAGGUUUGUGUAAAGCCAUGGGAGAAACUGCAUCCCGAAGGGGACGUACAUACGCUAAAGGACGCAUUGUCUUCGAAUUUUGACAAUUUCUACGAGAUCGAGCAGACGAGAGUCAGCUUCACUACCUGUCAGCCGGGAUAUAUUAUUAGUGCCGAAGGCCCGCAGUUUGAUCAAGAUGGGCUUAUCUUCAGGGAUGGCCUAUCCUGGGACCAGUGGACUUGA